AUGCAGCAACCAGGCCGGCUGAGGCUGAGGCCGUGGCUGGAGGAGCAGAUUCAUUCUGGGAGAUAUCCAGGGGUCAGCUGGCUGGACAAGUCAGCACAAAUCUUCCAAAUCCCAUGGACACACGCUGCUCGUCAUGGCUGGAGUAUUGACCGAGAUGCUACUCUCUUCAGGAGUUGGGCCAUGCACACUGGACGCUACCAUCCAGGCAAAGACAAGCCAGAUCCCAAGACAUGGAAAGCAAAUUUUCGCUGUGCGUUGAACUCUCUGCCUGACAUCUUUGAGCUGCAGGAGCACAGCAGGAAGAGAGGCAGCAAUGCCUACAGAGUCUACAGGAUGCUGCCCAGCACACUGACACAGCGACGCAGGAGAGGGCUGCGGUCCAGCAGGCCCAGAGACAGACAGACCAGUUUAGGUGAUGGUACACACACCGUGCACACUUGGCAACCCACAACAACAAGACUCAACUCAGACACAUCACUGAGGGUUGAGACCCCUGCAGAGGACAUAUCCAGCAGCUCUCAAACUCACGGGAUGUGGGAGGCUGAACCAGAGGAGCAGGAACAGACUGAGGCUGUGUUUAAGCUGAUGGACCAUUUGAGCAACGCUGACCUCUGGAACCAAAGUGGGGAACAGAGAAAAUGGAGAACACACACACUGUGGGACCACUGGCACUGUGCUGGUGAUGAUAACUUGUACUCUCUGCACCAGGAGAACCACACUGAUCUGUUCAGUCCAAAUUACUUGAAGGAGCUCUCUGAUUGGUCCACAACUCAGCAAACCCUGAUGCCGUAG